AUGGCGUCCGAAGAACCUUUGUUCGACUCAUCCUUGAAGAAACGUAAGAAAAAGCAGGUCGCUUUUUCAGAAGACCCCCUCGGUGCUGAUGCCGACCCUACGAUGCCUGCGCCCGCAAUCAUCGACAACCACACCACCGAUGGCGAUGCCGUGGAUAUGGGCCCGACUACUAUGCAUGAGCAAAUGAAGCAGAACGGGACCACAGAAGAGGGCGAGGGUGAACCGAUUGAGAAGAAGGAGGAGGAGGAGGACUUCAAGGGCAUGUUCGGCGAUAUUAAGAAGAAAAAGAAGAAAAAGGAUAUUCCUAUGGAUCUUCCAGAGGACAACCUUGGGGUCUCGGCACCAGCGCCGGCCGCGACUGGAGAUAUGGACUUCUCCGAUCUCAAGAAAAAGAAAAAGUCAUCAAAGAAGAAGGCGACGCUUGAUAUGGAGGCGUUUGAGAAGGAAUUAAACGAUGCAAAGGUAAAAGAUGUCGAAGAUGAGGAGGGCGGGGAAGAUGCGCUCGCGGAGAUCGACGAGGCGGAGCUGGGGGAUGACCCCUUCGUUCGGACGGAGAGUGCCAUCACCUUAGAUUCUGGCACCGAGCCAUGGCUUGGGAGCGAUCGCGACUACAUGUACCCAGAGUUGUUGCAGCGAUUCUACGCCCAAUUACACGCAUCGAACCCCGCCCUACUCAACGUCGCUGGGAAACGAUACACGAUCUCGCCUCCUCAAAUCAUGCGUGAUGGGAACAAGAAAACGGUUUUUGCAAACGUAUCAGACAUCUGCAGGCGAAUGCACCGGCAACCGGAGCAUGUCAUCCAGUAUAUGUUUGCUGAACUAGGUACCACUGGAUCUGUGGAUGGAUCCGCUCGUCUGGUAAUCAGGGGACGAUUCCAACAAAAACAGAUCGAGCAAGUCUUGCGUCGAUAUAUCGCGGAAUAUGUAACGUGUAAGACGUGCAAAUCACCAGACACUCUUCUCACGAAGGAGAAUCGUAUCUUCUUCAUGUCGUGCGAGUCAUGUGGAUCGCGACGAUCCGUUAACACGAUCAAGACAGGUUUCCAGGCCCAGGUAGGGAAACGGAGCAAGAACAAGACCGGUUGA